UACAUCUGGAAUAUAAUGUUGGGACCCAUCUUUAUUGGGAUCCGCAUUUGAAAUCUGAAGAGGGUAUAAGAAAACAAAUUUGUAUGCCUCGGCAUGGAACGGGAUCGUUAAUGGUGUUGGUGGGUGUGUACUGUGUAGGACCGACGUAGCCGCUCAGCACUUGUCCAAGAACUAAAGUAAAGCUGUAAAGGGCAUCUCAUACUUACAUAUUGCAGGUCGAGGGUUUAUCUGUCUCUGCCUACUUCAGAAACCCUGUUUGGGCUGAGAACCUGGUGAACUGUCCACAUAAUGCAUACCGUAAAGGCUAGCUGGGUUGGGCGAACCUUUGCCCAGGCAAAGUGCAAUGAUUCUGGAGAGAAAAAGUCCCGGGUUCGGCGAUCAAAGGAGGAAAGGAAGGCCAUGGUUGAAUCCUUCAUAAAGAAGUACCAGAGCAAAAACAAUGGGAAUUUCCCUUCACUCAGUCUCACACACAAGGAAGUUGGUGGAUCCUUCUACACAGUCCGGGAAAUUGUCCGAGAAAUAAUCCAGGAAAAUAGAGUCCUUGGCCCUGCUAAGUUGACUUCAGAAGAGCAAGGCACUGAUCAAUUCUCCAAACAGUAUCCAUUAGGAUCAAUUUCUACAGAACCUCAACUUCAGUUUGAUGAAGUCCAUUUAGUUUCCAUUGAUCAUCAGACUAUUGGUAAGGAAUCGGUUUCAACUUUGAGAGGGGACUGUACUGAUCAUGGAAGUCAGAGUUCCAACAAUAAGACAUAUGUUAAUCGGACUUGCAUAGAUGAAAAGCAUGAAGAAUUUAAUGAAUGGAAACCCUUAGAACAGGGGAAUGGCACAGCACAAGUGGAUGAUGAACCUGUAUUUACAGAGGAUCAAGUGACUGAGAAAAUGGAAAUAGUGAAAAAUACUGAAGUAUCCAUUGCUAAAAUAACUCCUAUAGUAGCAGAUAUUAUAGUAGAGACCUUUCCACUAAAAUCUGCUCCUAAGCCAAUUAAUAGCAUGGAUGGGAGGUCACAAGAAGCAAGGGAUUUAACUGGAAAUCUGGAGGAACAGGAAACUGAGGUGGAAGCAGCAUCAGGCCAUUCCUAUCCCAUAUUCCAGAGUAUUGACUCUGAGGAGGAUAAUUCUACUGGUUUGAUCAAUGCAAAUGCUGCAACAAGCCUUCAAGAUCCACCAAAGAAAGGUAUAGGAAGCUCUGGAAUUGGAAAAGGCAUUAGUAACAGCCUUCUGGAGGGGUCAAACCUAACCAAUGUAUCAAAUUAUGAUACCCCCACCUUGCACCUCCCUGAUCAAAACCGUGAAGUUUCAAGAAUUGAGCCUAAACUUGCUCCAAAUGAAAUUCCUACUCAGAGUGUCAAUGCUAGUACUACUCGCAGUACUCAUGGGGAAUCACAUUCUCAACCGGUGGUAAAAAAGGCUGGUAUCCAACAUAGUCGCAGCACUGAGGAUGGGAUUUGCUCCACAUUAAACAGAACCAAACUUGAGUCAUGGAAAGGAGAAUCCAAGAAACCUGCAGGGGCAGAAACUAAUCUAAUUUGGGCUGUGUUUAAAGCAUUCAUUGAUUCCUUUGUGAAAUUUUGGUCUGAAUAGAGUGUAUCUUUGAAAGGGAUAUUAUUUUAUAUGAUGGCCAUAAUCAUCAGGCUUGUAGAUUCUUUUAUCAAUUAAUGAUGCUUAGAUUCUCUGAUUGUGCAGAAUAUUGUUGACUUGAAAUUUUGAAUAAAAAGGCAAAAGUUUCCUUUGGUC